AUGUAUGAUGCCCACGCACGUGACAUCAUGAUCUGGCAGCCGCAGCAGCCCCAGCCCCAGCCGCAGCAACAACAGCAGCAGCAGCAGCAGCUGCAGCAGCAGCGCCUGCGGGACGUCGGCCCCGACGCGGCCCUGCUCCUGGCGUACCACGCGGCGCAGAACCGCUCACUGUUUGCCGCGCAGUGCUUCGUUGAGACGCUGUCUUUGCAGCUCGCAGGCCUCCAGUCCCCAGGGUCUCCCAAGGCCCUGGGUCCACAGGAGGUGGACCUGCUGGUGACGUGGACACUCGUCAUUAUGCUCACCGCCCAAGAGCUGGGCGUCCCCUUCACGCCGGCUCAGACCAGCGGCAGCAGCGGCGGCGAGGGUGACAGCGGCGACGGCGACAGCGGCGGCGGCGGCGGCGGCGUGACGCGGCGGCAUGGCCAGGCGUCCUUAGGGCUCCAGGGUUUCGCGCGCCAGGCGCUGCAGCGGUACGACUCGGAAGGCCACAAUCUGGCACGCGUCGCCGCGCUGCAGGGCGCGGUGCGGCAGCAGCAGGGCAACGGCGGCGGCGGCGGCGGCGGUGGGUUCAGCCAGGCGGCGGAGGUGAUGCAGCAGUACUCCCGGCUGGCGCUGCUGACCGUGGAGGCGGCCGCUGCGGCGGGGCUCCCCAUAAACCGGCCGGUGCAGGAGCCGACGACGGUCACCGCGCCCACGGACUACGCGCCCGCGCUGCUGGCCGGCUGGCGCCCGGGCGGCGGCGGCGGCGGCGGCGAGCCCCAGGACGAGGCGGCGGCGCCGGAGACGGCCGCAAGCGUGGAAGACGGCGGGGACGUGCGGGGCGCGGCGGUCCACUUGCUGGUGGCGUUCAUGGGGGCGGUGCUGGGCGCGCCCUACUCGCUGCAGCAGUUCCUCGCCGCCGCCGCCGACGCGUACGCCGCGGGCCACUCGGCCGCGGAGCUUCUGGGCGCCUUGAAGGGCGACGAGUUCCUGCAGGCUGGCGGCCUGCUGCCGGUUGCGGCGCCGGGGCCCGGCACGGAGGUGGACAUCACGCGGCAGCUAUUUGCCAGGUGGCUCAGCAGCGCAUACUUCACCUUUGCCAGCCUGGGGGCCGCCUUCCCGCCCGCCGCCGCGGCCGCCAAGCCCGGCUGGGCCUGGGCCGGCGCGGGGGACGAGGUGGAGGCGAACGCCCUGGCGGCGUUUGUGGCGCAGACGCUGGCGCGGGUAGAGGCGGAGGAGGCGGAGGCCGCGGCGGUGGGGGCGGCGGCGGACGUGCCGGUUGAGGCGGACCAGCUCGCUGCGCGAAUCAGUACCCUCCACAACACUCCCCUCUCUCCCUGCGCAACACUCUGUAUUGCAAGGGCCAACCCGGAAGCCGCUGAGCAGCUGCAGGCGGUGUCACAGCAGAUCGCCGAGGAGAUCCGGGAAAAAGGCACCAAGAUGGGACGGCCUGUCCCGUCGAUGGUCAAACUGCCAGACCCCAGCAUAGCGGAGACCUCAAGCGCGCUGGUUGCAUGGCGGCAGCAGCUGGCAGUGGUUGAGGGCGCGCGGGCGCUGGUGCUGGGGCAGCUGCGGCAACAGCAGGCGGAUGUGCAGUGA